AGUUAGUUGAUUGCUGCCUUCUAGAGUUAGCUGGCUGUUAGGAGGAUUUUUCCGUUGUGAUUUCGCUCCAGAUCAGUACGCUCUAGUCGAUCCAUCGCGUCAGAUCGCAAAAAGGAAAGAACCCGCUGUUCCCUCCUAUUCAAGGGUGGAUGGGGUUUUCUUUUACAAAAAAAAAACACCCGAAAGUAAAUUUUUAAAAAAUUUUAAAACACGAAAAAAAGUAGAUAUAUGUGAGAUCACUCAAUGUACCAAUAUCUGUAGACAUUUUUUAUUUUCAACGAAUCCAUGUGAUAUUUUAAACAAAAAAAAUCAUUUUGUGCAAAAAAGAUUUCUCAAUUAUCAAAAAGGAUAAAAUAAAUAUCAGGAAAAGGUGCUCAGUUAGGAAUUUAAUUUUUUGAAACUACAUAAAUGGGGAUAAUGGGACCCCAUAUAAAAAGGUUUACCAUUGCUGUAAUCUUAGCUGGAGUCCUUCUAGAAACUGAAGCCCAAUUUUGGAGAGAAAGUGGAAGUAGCAGCAGUGGCGGUGUAUUUAUCCCCAACAGCGAACUGAGAGAACCACCUCGACCUCCAAUCGACGAGAGCUAUGCUAUAAUCGACACAGCGACCGGCUAUCGAACUGGCCAAGUUCCAAAGAAUUGCACUGGAAACGGAAGUUGUAUACCCAAAUGUUUCGCCGAAAAGGGUAACCGUGGUUUGCCAGGUCCAGCCGGUCGGCCUGGACCCAAAGGUCAAACAGGUUAUGCAGGUAUUGAUGGACCUCCAGGUGAAAAGGGACAAAAAGGUGAUCCAGGUUUGUUGGGACCCCGAGGUUAUAAGGGUGAACGAGGCUCAACCGGUUUCCCUGGUAUUCCCGGAGUAAGUGGUCUUCAAGGACAUAUGGGAGCAGCUGGUGCACCUGGUAUCCCUGGUAAGGACGGAUGUAACGGUAGUGAUGGUUUGCGUGGUUUGGAUGGUCUACCUGGAAUGGUUGGUCCAAGAGGUUAUCCAGGUAAUCCAGGAUCUAAGGGAGAAAAGGGUGAACCGGCUAAAGAAAUUGGUGAUUUUGCUAAGGGUGACAAGGGUGAACCCGGUUUUAUGGGAAGAUCUGGUCUGCCCGGAAAUGAUGGACCUCAGGGGCCAAAAGGUGAUCGUGGAGAUACUGGUACAUAUGGUCAACCCGGUCCUCGUGGUGAUCGCGGUAUUAAGGGAGAGAAAGGUGACUCAUGUAUUGCACAACCUGUUCCUGGAAUUAAGGGAAUUAAGGGAGAAAAGGGAGAGCCAGCAGCGGUGCUUGAUGAACAUUUCACAGAUGGCCCACAUCCAUGGGUUGGAGCACAAGGUGAUAGAGGUGACAAAGGUGAGCCAGGAUUACAAGGUGACAAGGGUGAUAUUGGAUAUGCUGGGCCACCCGGAAGUGAUGGACUUAAAGGUGAAAAAGGUCUUCCUGGACCAUCUGGAGACAGAGGUCGUCAAGGUAACUUUGGUCCACCUGGGCCAGCAGGUCAAAAAGGUGAUCGCGGAGAGAUUGGUUUACGAGGUUUGGACGGAACUCCAGGUAUGAAAGGAGAACCCGGAAGACCAGGUUUGCCUGGUGCACAAGGUUUAAUUGGACCCGCUGGACCUCCCGGUGGUGGUAAGGGAACUCCAGGACCAUCUGGACCUAAAGGUCCUCGUGGUUUCCGCGGACAGCCUGGACCAAAAGGUUUAGAUGGAUACCCCGGUCCCACAGGGCCUCCUGGUCCUGCCGGACCUAAGGGUGGUCCCGGUUUGGCUGGUCGACCUGGUUUGGAAGGUCCACCUGGUGAAAAAGGAGAUAAGGGAGAUCUUGGACAACCUGGCAACCCCGGUCCACUUGGACCACGUGGACACACUGGCCCACCCGGUCCCGAAGGUAUGAAGGGAGAGCCUGGAACACCCGGAAUUGGAUUGCCUGGACUUAAGGGUGACAUUGGAACACCAGGUCGUCCUGGUGAUCAAGGUAGAAAAGGAGAACGUGGUUUCCCUGGAGCUGUUGGUGUACCUGGUGACUCUAAACUUGGACAACCCGGUUCACCUGGUCGUCCUGGAAGGCAAGGAGAAAAGGGUGACACUGGCCGAUCUGGACAACCUGGACAAAAGGGUGAAACUGGACCAAAGGGUGACCUUGGUGGAAGAUGUACAGACUGUGCACCAGGACAAAAGGGAACUAAAGGUGAACGAGGAUUUGAUGGUGCCGAUGGCUUACCCGGAACUCGUGGUCCAACCGGAGAACGUGGUAUGCCUGGUGAACGUGGUGACGAUGGACUACCUGGACCUAUGGGAGAUAUUGGAGACCGAGGUAGUGAUGGUACUCCUGGUUUACCCGGACCUGAUGGUCCUCCUGGACGUGAUGCUAUUAUUGACUUGAAUUUAACUGCCACCGAGAAGGGAUCAAAGGGUGAACGUGGACCACAAGGUUACCCCGGAUUAAAGGGUGAUCGAGGUGAAAUUGGACAGCCGGGCUUGCCUGGAGUUAAGGGAGAGAUUGGCCGAAGAGGUGACAAAGGUUUCCCUGGAACACCUGGUCAAGAUGGAGCUGCAGGAGCACCUGGUAGAAAUGGAUUUGCUGGACCUAAAGGUGACAGCAUCAAAGGAGAACAAGGACGUCCUGGUUAUGAUGGGCAAAAGGGUGAAAAGGGUGAUACUGGACUUGGAGGAUUCAAGGGAGAACCUGGUACUUGUGAAAUGGAUCGCAGUAUGAUGCCACCAAAGGGUAACAAGGGUGAAAAGGGCUACGAAGGCAGUCCAGGACCUAUGGGACCAAUGGGAGAAAAGGGUGACAUUGGAAGAACUGGAGCUAAGGGUGAACAAGGUUAUCAAGGUCUUAAUGGACCUGUUGGACCCAGAGGAUUGACUGGACCUCGAGGUGAGAAAGGUAAUCAAGGACCUAUUGGAUUCCCAGCAGCUCCUGGAAAGGAUGGUGCUAGAGGAUUGCCUGGAAGACCCGGAGAACGUGGUCAAAAGGGAGAACAAGGUAUAGCAGUUACUGGACCCCCCGGACCAAGAGGUAAUGACGGUCAACCUGGUCAACGAGGAGAUCGUGGUUUGCCAGGAAGUGUUGGUUUACCUGGUGCUGAUGGACAAGUUGGUUAUCCUGGAGAAAAGGGAGAUCUUGGCACACCUGGAGCUCCAGGUUAUCCUGGACCAUUGGGAGAAAAGGGAGAUACAGGACCAGUCGGACCAAUGGGACCUCCUGGACCUCGAGGUUCACCCGGUGUUGAUGGAGUACAAGGUCGCGAAGGUGCCAAGGGUGAACCUGGUAACCCUGGAUUAGUCGGUAUGCCUGGAUUAAAGGGUGAACGUGGUGAGCUUGGUAUCGAUGGUCCUAAAGGUUUUACUGGACCAAGUGGACUUCCUGGUAUUCGAGGAACUCCUGGAAGAACUGGUAUUCCUGGUGUUAAAGGUGAUAAGGGAGAACGUGGUUUGAAUGGUGAAAAUGGUUUGACUGGCUUCCGUGGUCCUCCAGGACCUCAAGGACUACAAGGUUUGAAGGGUGACAUUGGACCACUUGGACCUCCUGGUGCCGAUGGAUUACCUGGAUUAGAUGGAGUUAAGGGAGACCUUGGAUUACCUGGUUUAACAGGAGCACCUGGUUUGCCUGGAGAUGCAUCUGAAAAGGGACAAAAGGGUGAACCUGGUCCCCCAGGAUUACGUGGUAUUGAUGGAAGCAAUGGAAACCCUGGCUACCCAGGAGACAAAGGUAUGCCUGGUAUGCCUGGAUAUGGAAUGGCUGGACCAAUUGGAGAGAAGGGUGAACCUGGUAGAGAUGGAUUUGAUGGCCCACCCGGUAUGCCUGGCAUGAAAGGUGAACGCGGAUAUCCAGGACAAAGAGGACUCAAGGGUGACAAGGGUCUGGCUGGAAGACCAGCUCCUCCCGCUAUACCUUGCGUUGAUGGUUUGCCUGGUGAACCUGGUAUUCAAGGACCUCAAGGAUUCCCCGGUCCAAAGGGAUUGAAGGGUGAACCUGGUUUGGAUGGAUUCGUUGGAACUACUGGAGAAAAGGGAGAUCAAGGUUUUACAGGUAUUGCUGGAGCUCCUGGUCUUAAGGGUGAACGUGGUUAUCCUGGACCCAGUGGACGUGAUGCUGAAGCCAUUACAAUCAUUGGCGAGAAAGGUGAACCUGGUGAAUUUGGCAUGACUGGACUUCCUGGAACGACUGGACCUAAAGGUAAUACUGGCUUCUCUGGCCGUGAAGGACCAAAGGGUGAACGUGGUUUCCCUGGACCUCAAGGUGUACCUGGUUUGAGUGGUGCCCCUGGACAAAAGGGUGACAUGGGUCUAACUGGUGAACAAGGUUUGGCUGGAAUUGCUAUUAAGGGUGAGAAAGGUUUGCCCGGACGUGCAGGAAAGAAUGGACGUGAAGGUAUGGUCGGACGUCCUGGAAUCAAGGGUGAAAAGGGUCUUCCAGGAUUGGCAGGUAUGCCAGGAAAUGUUGGUCUGCCUGGUAAAAUGGGUCCUCAAGGUGAGAAGGGUGAUCGUGGUGCAAUGGGUCUUCCUGGAAAGGAUGGCAUGGAUGGAUUCCCUGGACCAAUCGGACCUAAAGGUGAUCUCGGAUAUCCCGGAGAGCGAGGAGAUCGUGGUUUACCUGGAUUCGAAGGACAAAAGGGUGACAAGGGUAAUCAAGGAAUUGAAGGUGUCCGUGGUCUCGAUGGAUAUCCAGGUAUUAAGGGAGAUCGUGGUUUGAUUGGUCUUGAAGGUCUUCCCGGACCAAUGGGUCCCAUGGGUGAAAAGGGUUCAACUGGUCCUAAGGGUCGUGAUGGACGCGAUGGUAUUCCCGGUCAACGAGGACAAAAGGGUGAACCUGGACUUGUGCCACCAUCCGGACCAAAGGGUGAACCUGGCCAGCCUGGACAUGACGGUGAAAAGGGUGAUCGUGGUUUCCAAGGAGUUCGCGGUCUUGUCGGUAUCCAAGGAGAACGCGGAGAAAAGGGUGAUCGAGGUCUACAAGGCUUCCCCGGACCAACUGGACGUCCUGGACCAAAGGGAGACAUGGGUCUUCCUGGUUUACCUGGUCGCGAUGGUGCUAUCGGACUUCUUGGAAUCAAGGGUGAACAAGGAGAAGCAUGCGCCCCAGCACCUGAUUAUCUAACUGGAAUUCUACUUGUCAAACACAGUCAAACCGAAGAAAUCCCACGUUGUGAGAAGGGUCACACCGAAAUGUGGAAUGGAUACUCUCUGCUCUACGUCGACGGAAAUGAUUAUCCACACAAUCAAGAUCUCGGAUCACCAGGAUCAUGUGUUCGUCGUUUCUCAACACUGCCCGUUAUGGCUUGUGGCCAAAACAAUGUCUGCAACUAUGCUUCACGAAACGACCGUACUUUCUGGCUGUCAACUUCAGCUGCCAUUCCAAUGAUGCCAGUACAAAAUUACGAGAUGCAGAAAUACAUCUCGCGCUGUGUGGUUUGCGAAGCCCCAGCUAAUGUCAUUGCCAUACACAGUCAAUCGCUAGAGGUGCCACGUUGUCCUGGAGGAUGGGAAGGUCUAUGGAUUGGUUACAGUUUUGCCAUGCACACGGGCGUCGGUAACGGUGGUGGUGGACAAGGUCUCUCAUCACCUGGUUCCUGCCUUGAAGACUUCAGAGCGACACCAUUCAUCGAAUGUAAUGGUGCCAAGGGACAUUGUCACUUCUACGAGACUCAGACCAGUUUCUGGUUGGUCACUGUCGAGGAAAGUCAACAAUUUACCAAACCUGAACAGCAAACACUUAAGUCAGGAUUCCUGAGACAGAGGGUAUCAAGAUGCCAAGUUUGUAUUAAGAAUUCGACAUAAGUCCAAGGCUACAGACAAACAAAAGAAAAAAAAACUUCCCAAAAAUCGGUAAUUUAAAAAAAGAAAAAAUUCUCAGAUAAGAAUGAACUCUACGUAUUCCUACCACCAUUUUUGUUUUUAUUAUUUUUUUAUUUUUUAUUCAUUUUGUAAUAAUAUUUGUACACUUUAACUUAAAAUUAACUUUUGUUUGUUUGUUAGAAGAAGAAAAAUAAAAAAAUAAUUUUAGAUUGUUUAUACUUAAGAAUGACCCCAGUUAAUAGAGAUAUCUUUUGUAAUAUACUGCUUAGAAAAUAAUAAUAAAAAAACAAAAAACACAGCCAAUUGUUUAUACCUUUACUAUAUUAUGUAUUGUGAAAUACAUAAAUAUAUACAUAAUUGUUUAAUUCCUUUUUGUAAUAUUAAAUUAUAAUUAUAAUUUUGUUUAAAGUUUUUUUUUUUUAUUCUUCCUUAAGUGCUAUACACCAAAUUAUUUUUUAUGCGAUUUAAAAUAAAACAAAUAAACAAAAUACAAUUAUAUACAUUUUUAAUGUUAAUAAAAAAUAAUAAAUUCCGCAUAAAAUAUUAAUUAAAUCCAUUGUCAGUUUGUACGAAUAAAAAUAAAUGCUGCCUGUAAGUUGGUUUAACAAAUUUACUGCCAAUUUUUUUUU